AUGGUCCCGCUCCCGGACUACUGUGUGCCGCAAUUGCGCCGGUGCAUCCGCGCCAAGUACGAGGAUGGCGACGUCACCUGCCUGCAAUACAGCAGCGCCUACCGCCUGGUCGACGGGUAUGCCUACCUGGACAACGAGCUCCCGGACCUGGCCGUGUCCGGCGCCAGCCUCGUGCAAAUCGGCCCGGACCAUUGUUGGAAUGUGGUCCCCGGCAAUCACCAGCAGUGCGCCGUGUGUCGGUUCCAGGCCGCCGGCGAGGGCCUCUGCCGGGCCGAGCCCCAGCCGGUGCCCGGCUGCCAGGUCCUGGCCCACCCCCACCUGAAUGAGGAUUGCGCCCAGUGCGAGCCGGGCCAUUGGCUCGAUGCCAACCGCCGCUGCGUCGGCACCUGCCCGGCGGCCGACCACAUCGCCUGCGGCGCGCACUGCAUCCCCAAGCGCCUGGUGCCGGAGGGCUUCCACUGCGCCGACUGGCCCAUGGCCAAUGCCGACCCCUCCACCAGCGACACCGCCGGCCGGCCGGAGCACGCGCACCUGCUCAAGUGCAGCCGGCCCGGCGUGUGCUUCCAAUGCCACGACGCGUGUGACCAGUGCGCCGGCCCCGGGCCCAAGGACUGCACCAGCUGCCCGGCCGGACGCUUCCUCCUGGCCCACAGCUCCAAGACCUUCUCCCACGGCCCGGCGGUCCAUGUGGGCGCGUGCAUCCGCGGCUACGGGGCCAAUGGCGAUCCGGACGCCGAGCGCCAAUGCCCGGCCACCACCGUCGACAACGGCACCGGGGUCUGCCUCGCCUGCCCGGCCAAUUGCCGCCAAUGCGACCCGACCGAUCCCACCAAGUGCCUCUCCUGCCUGCGGGGCUUCUUCGCCCACCCGGAUGGGUCUUGCGGCCAUGCCUGCCCGGCCGGCACCGCCAAAGACUCGCUCACUGGCAGCUGUGCCAAAUGCACCGUCCAGGACUGCACCCACUGUGCCUCCGAGGACCCGGGGCUGUGUCUCACCUGCUGGUCCGGGGACUACCUCCAUGAGAAUGUCUGCCGCGGGAUCUGCCCCGGCGGUCACUUCGGCCGGAAGGGCUUCUGCCCCACCUGCGACAGUGGCUGUGCCCUGUGCACCAGCAAGUUCUACUGCUACGCCUGCUACCCCUCCUACAUCAUGGGCGCCGACGAGUGCUACACCCCCUGUGGGAGCGGUUCCGUUUGGGACUUUGAUUUGCCCGGCUCGCAGCAGGGCUGCCGCCCAUGCAACCCCAACUGCCGGGCCUGCGACCUGUACACCAACAACUGCACCCACUGCCAUCCCGGCAUGUACUUGGUGGUACCGCGCGAAAAGGGGGCUCGCCAAUUCUGCGCCGCCGAGUGCCCGGAGGGGUACUUCCUGUCGGGCGGCCGGUGCCAGCCCUGCCUCGACUCGGGCUGCGCCACAUGCACCACCGCCACCAAUUGCACUGCCUGCAAGUUCGGCCACGCGCUCUUUGGCGACAGCGAGUGCUUCACCACCUGCCCGGAGGGCUACUACAAGCACUCCAAGCAGUGCCUCCCUUGCGGCGGCGGCUGCGGCACCUGCGCCAAUGGCCUCGGCGUCGGCUGCCUCCAGUGCACCGCCAGCCCCAACAAUGUGCCUCGCGUCAAGGAGCUCCCGGCCGAGUCCUUCGACGUGGUCCCGACCGCCCGGUGCACCGCCGACGCCCUUACCCGGCCCGGCUGGGGGCUCUUCUACCAGACGCAGAAGGAUCGCUUCGCCGUGCCCUGCCCGGAGCACUGCCUCAGCUGCUUUGUCAAGAGCCCGCACGACCCGGCCGAGCGUGCGCUCCACUGCGUGUCCUGUGCCGCGGGCUACGCCCUCAGCUCGGAUGGCCUCUCCUGCGAGGCGGAAUGA